GGGCCAUGGGCAGCUCGAACGAGUGGUCGGGGGCUUGAUGAAAAAGCGAGCACAUGCAGUCUGGCACCGGUAACCUGAGGGAAUGACACACCAGCUCUAAUUCCUGAUGGCUUUUUCUCCUCCUACCGCUGAGAGGGAAUAAAAGGAAUCUCAAGAGGACUUCUUUUUUUUUUUUACACUUGCUGCCGGGGAGAGACGUCCUGCCACUGAGAAAACAAGUUCAAGAAAGUCCAAGGAGUUUCAGCUGUACUAAUAAAACUUAAGAAGAUGCUGAAAGUGGACUUAUUAGUUUUAAGUUUCUGCCUUGGUCUGGGGACAGGAUACAGUGCUGCAGGUAAGAGAGCGUAUCAGAUCCAGAACGGGCCGUGCAGCUACACCUUUCUGCUGCCCGAGCAGGAGAACUGCGAAACUCAGAGCAGCAACUACAACCACCCGGUUCAAAAGGAUGGACCGGCGGACAGCGACGAGUCGGCUCAGCGGCUGGAACAGCUGGAGAUGACCAUGGAGAACAACACACAGUGGCUGCUCAAGCUGGAGAACUACAUACAGGACAGCAUGAAGCAGGACAUGGCCCAACUCCAACAGACGGCUGUACACAAUCACACAGCGACCAUGAUUGAAAUUGGAACCAACCUGCUGAGUCAAACCGCAGAGCAAACAAGGAAGCUGACCAACGUGGAGGCACAGGUAAUUCACCACACAACUCGACUUGAGCGUAGACUUCUGGAGAACUCAUUGUCAACCAACAAGUUGGAAAAACAACUAAUCGUCCAAACAAAUGAAAUCAACAAGCUGAGUGACAAAAACAGCUUCCUGGAGAAAAAGGUGGGGGACAUGGAGGAGCAGAGGCAGGUGGAGCUGAAGAUGCUUCGACAAGAGAAGGAGCAGCUUCAGACUCUCAUACUGAAGCAGACGGCCAUCAUCGGCGAGCUGGAGCAGCAGCUGCUCAAAGUCUCCUCCAACAACUCAGUGCUGCAGCAUCAGCAGCAGGAGCUCCUAGACACUGUGAACAACCUGAUUCAAUCGAUCUCCAUGAGCUCAGCUCGAGAGACAAAGACGGUCAUGAUGCAGGACACUCCGAGAACAUUUAUGGACUGUGCUGCCGUCUUCAAGUCAGGGAACAGCCAGAGCGGAGUCUACACGCUGACAUUACCCAACACGACUACAGAGGCUUUCUGUGACAUGGAGACAGAGGGAGGAGGCUGGACAGUGCUACAAAAGCGCUUUGAUGGCCGUAUUGACUUUCAUCGUACGUGGCAAGAGUACAAAAAGGGUUUUGGAGAGCCGUCAGAUGAAUUCUGGUUGGGAAAUGAAUUUGUGUCCAGACUGACAAAGCAACAGUCCUACAAACUCAGGAUCCAGUUAACUGACUGGGAGGGCAACUCUGGAUUUUCACAAUAUGACCUGUUUUCUCUUGACAGUGAGGCACAGAACUACAGGAUACACCUUAAAGGCUUCAGUGGAACCGCAGGCAAAAUAAGCAGCAUUGGGCAGCCGGGAAGUGAUUUCAGUACAAAGGAUGCAGACAACGACAAAUGUGUGUGCAAAUGUUCACAACUGACAACAGGGGGUUGGUGGUUUGACGCCUGCGGCCCGUCCAAUUUGAACGGGAUGUAUUACCAACAAGGCCAGAACUCAAAUCGCUUCAAUGGAAUCAAAUGGUACUACUGGAAAGGCUCGGGCUACUCCCUGAAGUCCACCACCAUGAUGAUCAGACCGGCGGACUUCUCGGGUUGACUUCUCGAAAUGUAACUCAAAUUCUGCCCGACAAACAGCAACUGUCAACUAGACCAAAAUUAAAAAAAAUAACUCUCAAGGGAGCCAAAGCACUUAAUGAUGAUAUUUUUUUUUUUUUACAAACCUUUGGAAGAAGAUAUGGUGCAUGUUUGUGGUUUUAGGUUGCUGCAAAAAUCGUAAAUUAUGGACCAUCACAAAAAUAUUUCGACUGAAAUUUCUACCUAAGACUGAGAAGUGAAUAAAUAAGUAUCAGUUAAGCAGUUAUACUGAGUAAAAACUAAGGCUGGGAAUCUUUGGGUGUCUCAUGAUUAGAUUGAGAAUCUAUUUUCAAUUCAAAUGAUUCUGGAUUCAUGAUUCAAAGUCUAUUUUUGAAUUAGUACAAACUUCAGGAUCUACUCCACUCAUCUGUGAGACUGGCUGAAUUUCUUGCUGCCCCAUUUGGCAUUCCACUAAGUUAAAGAGCUAGCCUUAGCACUUAGCAGGGAGUGACUGAUUAGCCCAAAAAAUAAAUCAAUUUUGGAAGUUAUGAAUCUAUUUAAAAUCUCAAAAGAUAAGACUCAAUUUUUACAUAAAUCGUUUUUUUCCCCCGACCUUUAGUAACAACCGCCAACUAACAAGAGGACAGACUGUAGUCAGUGUGAAAUUACGUAAAUUAGAUUUUGGAAAGUUUUAAUGCAGGUCAUGCGUCCACAGAGAGGACUUUAAAUAAACUGCUAAUGCCAUGAUAUAAAAACAGAGAUGAUGGUACAACAUGCAGAUUAAGAACUGGAUCAAAGUAUUUGUAAAAUGUGUUCUGGAGUUUCUUUUUGUUGGAUGUUUAAAAUGUAAAUGCGAAUGUAAAGAUUAUAGAAAAUGUUUAUCCAGAGAAGAUUGUAUGUAUUUGUUGUUUAAUUUAUAUGUAGAUUUUUUCUAGUCAGAUAUUUAACAUUAUUUUAAAUGAUGGAGAUUUGUUACACACCCUGAGAGGAAGAGGAAUCCUGUUCAAAUGAUUUUACAGAAACUUUCUUUGCAAACACAUGUCAACCAUUUUAAACUUUUUGGAAUGUAUUUGUUUUAUUUAUGUUUCAUUUGAGACUAUCUGAGGAACAUUUCUCCCCAGUGAACACUGGAUUUACAUUUAUUUAGGAGCGUGACUGUAAUGCUCUUCCAGCUGUUUAUACCUGAAGUUAAAUAUUUAAGACGACCACGAGAGGCAGAACUCCUCCGCCUUUUUGUUUCACAACAGUCCAGUUCUGCACUACAACAAUGUCAUGCCUGGUGAAAUGCACAUGUGCCAGAUGUGAACAACUUUUCAGCUAUUUUCUAUCAUUUAUAGGAAAUGAAUAAAAACUUUAAAGCC